AUGGAUAACCAAAUGGUUCAAGCAAGUAAAAAUAUUUCCAUAAAUGAAAUUGCUAAAAACACCUACAGAGUUUCAUCCAGUACUAAUAAAACUCUUUUUUAUACUGCAAAUACAGAUAUUUCAUUUUGUGAUUGCGUACAUGGUCAAGGUGGCUGCUUUUGUAAGCACCUUUGUGCAUUUCAACAAAAAUUGGGCAUUGUAUUCAAGUCAGCUCCUACUCUCACCUUGGAAGAUAAAGAUUUUGCUAAAGUUGCCCUAGGCGAUGAUGUUUCCAUGAAUUUCUUUGAAUUUAUGGAUACAGAUGUCAUUGUACAAAGGCAGAAUGAACAAGAGUCAUUGCAAACUAUCGAAAAUGAGGAAAACAAAAGUUCUCCAAAGUUAGGCGACAUAUCCAAUUCCAAUAAUAACCUGGAUGAUGAGGCACAUUCGACUGCAGUGGCUGGAUUGUCACAGCAGUUCCAGCGAAUAACUAAUAUCGCUGCUAAUUCCCUCCUCCUGCAUAAUUUAUUCGAAAAAUUCAAACCAAAAGAAAUGGCUGAAUCUAUAAGCGCUGAAACUAUAAACCACCACUUUUUGGCUGAUAAUCUCGUCCUGAUAACAGAAAGACUGAACCGAGGACUGAACCAUGCAGUAUAA